AUGGCGACCGAUGAGCCUUCUCUCGCCCGCUGGAGCUUUCUGUUUGGGAGGAAGAAACUUCCUGAAGAGUCCCAAGAAUCAAACCCAGAAGAUGGAUCAUCCAGCAACAAGGAAGAAGGUUCCCAAGUCGUCACCAAUUCAGCUCAGGAGGGUAACACUGGCUUGGCCAAUGGGAUCCGUGAGAAGUCGAAAAAGUCAAUGUUCCCACCUUUUGAAUCUGCAGAAACUCGUGCUCUCGCUGAGAGUCUGAGUAGGCAAAUCAUCUUAUGUACUUCUUGUAAUUUUUUUUUGUCAUUAAUUGGUUUGUGUGACAUCAUCCGUGGGAAUCCAAAUGUGAAGUGGGAAAGCAUCAAGGGUUUAGAGAAUGCCAAAAGGUUGCUUAAAGAAGCUGUGGUUAUUCAUAUCGAAUAUCCUUCUCUGCCUUCUUUAUAUGCAGCUCACAUAAAAAAGCGAACGGGAAGAGUUGUUCUUUUGAACUAUAUUGGAGGUCAUCAGUUUAAGAAUUGUUCUAUUGCUAGCGCUUGUUGGAGCUCUCAGCUUACUAGAGAGUGUUUGGUGUUGUUAGAGAACAGCAAUGUCUUUGUUGGAGUCUCAGAGUCUGAAUAUAGAUGGAACACAGAUGAAACUGAAGCGUUUGUUGCGUUUGCUAAGGUUUAUUCUUGCUUUUAA